AUGAUGAUGGACACGUACAUCCAGAGGACGUCUCUGUCCCAGGACGGCCUGAGGCGAGGAGACGUGUCUCUGACCAUCAGGAACGUCAGCCUGCAGGACCACGGCAGGUUCCGAUGUUUCAUCCCACGCCUCAGGAUAGAAGCAGAACUUCUGCUUGUUGUUGAUCCUAACUUUGUUUCAACGACGACAACAGAGUCGGUUCAUCCCAGAAACCUCAUCACUCCGACGCCACAGCAGGAAACCGUGAGGAACGGUUCCUCUAGUCUCGCCUGGACAUGCUCCUGGUCGCUGAUGUUUUCAUCGUGGAUUUUUACCUUCUGCUUUUACUGGACUUUGGUUCGGGGUGGCCUCCAUCUGAUUGGUUCGUCUCAGCCAAUCGUAGCUGCUCCUGGAGAUGACGUCGUCCUCCCGUGUCGGGUGGAUCCCGAGUGGGACGCCGUGGGGAAGACGGUGGAGUGGUCCCGACCGGACCUGAGGCCGUCCGGCCCUCAGAAGCGUGUGGAGUACGUGUUCGUGUACCGCUUCAAGAAGACGGACCGAGACAUGAUGAUGGACACGUACAUCCAGAGGACGUCUCUGUCCCAGGACGGCCUGAGGCGAGGAGACGUGUCUCUGACCAUCAGGAACGUCAGCCUGCAGGACCACGGCAGGUUCCGAUGUUUCAUCCCACGCCUCAGGAUAGAAGCAGAACUUCUGCUUGUUGUUGAUCCAAACUUUGUUUCAACAACGACAACAGAGUCGGUUCAUCCCAGAAACCUCAUCAGUCCGACGCCACAGGAGGAAACCGUGACGAACGGUCAUUUUACCAGAUUCCAUCUUUGCCUAAUUGUUUUUUCAUUCUUCAUCAUUUGUCUGGGUCUGGUUUCCUUUUGUGUCGCAAGGAAAUCCAAACAAAUACAGGAAGUCAAAUUUGGACCAGUCUCCAUGGAGACAUGAGGGAAUUUGACAGAAGUCAAAUUUGACUCAGAAGUCAAAUUUGACUCACUUCCUGUAUUUCUUUGGAUGAAGUCAAAUUUCAUAAUAUAUUUUUAUGGAGAGAAUAUAUUACUUUCAUGCAGAAUAUAUUGAAAGUAAUAUAUUUUCCAAAAUAUAUUCCGUCUCCAGGUAAAUGUACCUGGAGACGGAAUAUAUUUUUUACGCAUUUUUUUAGACUGUCACUACGUGUUAUGAGACAUGUAAUCUGUAAAAAAGAAAAAAGCUCCUCUGCUUUCUCCCAGUGAUAACUAGAAACAACCAAUCAUUGCCAGGAGGCGGGUCUUAGCGCUGUCAAUCACCCUCCUUGCUUUCUGAGUUGAGAACUAAACAUUUUGUUUUAAUAUUAACUCAUUUUAUUAUUUCACAAGUAAAGGCCUCAGUACUUCCUGUCUGCUGGUCAGAAGGUUGGUCACUCUGUCACAAGUCGGCCAUGUGUUGAUGCUGAUGGCAGGAACUUCCUUCCUCCAGAGGUCAGCAGCUCAGGACUGCAAGUCGCCUCAUCAUCACUGCGUCUCCAUCUGGAGCUGUUCUGCCUGGAGACGAACUUAUAAUAAUGUUUAGUCAAUAUGACUGUGCAUGUUGUACAUUUCAGGUUUCUGUUAUUAUUCACUCCAAGAAACAGUGAACUAAUUUAUUUUAUUAUUGUUUUUAGUUGCUCUGGUUCCGUUUUCAGUUAAAUUUAUUCUGGGAAUUAGUUUUUCUUUUCUAUGUUUCAUCAGCAAAUAUUUAAGUAGUUUGACUCUAAAUGGAAACAUUUCAUUCAGAUUUAAAGCUGAACUCUUUAUUCUGUGGUUUGUUCUUAUUGUUGCUCUUCGUUCAGUUGAAGGCUUUUCAUCGCCCAAACCUUCUGAUCAACACACUAAUUGGUUCUGUAGAGGAACCGGUUCUGUUCACAGACCAGAACCUGAACCUACUUUAGCUGCUUGGAUUCGGAUCAGGAACAAACUUUGACGUUUGAUUGUUGCAAUUGUUCAAAACUGAAUGAGUGAAAUGUUUACCAAGUAUCACUGUGAUCCGUUUUUUUUUUGUUAACGUUUUUCGGCUGCGUUCACACUGGGGUUUUUUUUUCUGAACAGCACAGGUCGGAUUCUUUUCGAAUGCGAUGCAGGUCACUUGGGUAUCUGAUAGGUAUCCGUUUCAGAUGCGAUCUAAAGUCCAGGUCACGUUCACCUGACCUGAACGUCACUGAUAUUCGACAAACGUCACUAUGAUACUCGCAAGCGGGAAGAAUAACAGCAACCAUGACGGACGUAAUGAGGAUUAAGUUACUAACCUGCUGCUCCGGUCGGACAACAACUUCAAAUAUGUAAACUAUGCUCCACUGUUAACAUCCAUGUUUACUUCAGCAAACACUGAGCACUUCUACUUUUUAUGGCCAUUGGUAGAACGCUGACGCUAUUGCACCCUCUACUGCGCAUGCGGGACACUUUCAGGUCCUUAGCCCGUUCACACUGCACAAAAAAUCAGAAUUGGGUCACUUCAGGCUGCGAUGUGAACGCAGCCUAAGAUUUUAAUGUUUGUUUUGCUGAUUUCUGAUCAAACGUUGACUGAAUGUAGACGGUUUUGUUUUUUUAUUACUGUGAAUAAAAACUUUAAUGAAAACAACAACUAAAGUUAUUAAAGGGAAUAAAUACGUUUUUUAAUCUAA